GCUCCCAGACGGCUGCAGGCGAGUCGGGGCGCUGGGGUUGGGCGGGGGGCAAACGCACCUUUGGGGACCCCCACCGCGAAGGGCCGGGCUGUGGGCUCCGCUCCUCUGACCCCCCGUUCCCUCGCAGGCGGAGCCAUGGGGCGCCCCAUAGCGAUGCUGCUGCUUCUGCUGCCCCUGUCCCACGGCGUCGGGGCCACCACCUCGCAGCCCGCUCCGCCGCCGUGCCGCUGCGACGUGGUGGGCAGAGCGCUGGACUCGUGCUCCAGCACCGAGUGCUUGUGCUCCUCUAUCAACGGCACCGUCAACGCCUCCGAUUUCCACGCACGGGAAUGUCGUGGCGGAGCGGGGACGGUGGCCGUGGCCGUGGGGAGCAGCGUGGCAGCGGUGCUGGUGCUGCUGGUGGUGCUGGUGUUGGUGUGGAGGUGCCGGAGGACGGCGGGGGCUGCGGGGUGGGGGAAGCAGGAGCCCCCUGCAGCCCACGGGCAGCCCCGCUAUGUCAGCCGGGAAGCGGAGAGUCGACCUGCCGCCCCGGGGGGGUGCGUGGCACCCGACUAUGAGAACGUCUUCAUCGGAUCCAGCGCGGCCCCCGGUGCAGCCACAGCGCAGGACGGAGCGUAUGGGUGGCAGCAGGAGGGGGGCAGCCUCCAGGCACUGCCGGACCAUCCCUAUUUCCUGGAGAGCGACGCAGUGGAUCAGCCCAUCUACGCCAACACCGGGACCCCCGGAGAGGACAUCUACGUCACCCCCGACCCAUAAGGGCAUCGCCCUGCGGGGUUCUGCAGCUCCGGGACUGCAAAAGGGGAUUUUCCUCUUUAUUUUUUAUUGCAACGAGAGCAAAAAAAGGCUGCGCGACCGUUUCCUGCACGGGGCUGAGGGCGGAAGCGGCCGCUUCGCUGUGGGGUUUGAGCUGUGAAAUAUGGGGACGGGGCGAUGGGAUGCGGCUGCCCCGGAGCUCAGCGGGACUGACGGCCCCAAGUGCUGCCGGCGCCGCUCUCUGCGUAACCCGAGAGUUUGGGGUUAAAAAGUGGAGUUUUGGAUGCUCCUGGCAACGCGUGGCUGCGAGGUGAUGCAGAUGGGGGGUGGUAUGGGGACACCCCGCACCACAGCCUCGCACGGGUCCUUGUGAUGCUCUGCGGUGACAUUAAAUGUUGGGCUCUCCUCAGUGA